AUGACGCACAUGACCAACUACAAGGGUGAUCGUCUCGCUCUUUACUUGUUCGAUGCCCUGUUCCGAUACAUACGCGACUGGACCAAUCUGCAUCUGGUCAGUGCUCCGCCUGCGCAGUUGGCUGACUUGUAUGCGAGUCGCUUUGCUUCAGUAGGCGCGCGUGAUUUGCCCCUCUACUCCGACCCUUGUCGUGAUCGACACGAUUUGGCUGUGUGGCCCACAGGUUGGCCUUGUGGUUCAAACGCACUGCCUGCUCUGUUGAUUUUGGGUCCGCAAAAAACAGGUCAGUCAUUUUCUGUGAAAAUCUGA